AUGGCGACCACUGCAGCGCUCCAGAAGCUCCAGAACCCUCCCGAGGACUUGGAGCCGACGCUCCAGUCCAUCCUCGAUCAAAAGUCGCUGCGAUGGAUCUUCGUGGGUGGUAAGGGUGGUGUUGGAAAGACAACAACGUCCUGCUCUCUCGCUAUUCAGCUCGCAAAACAUCGCAAAUCCGUCUUGCUCAUCUCUACGGACCCCGCCCACAACCUGUCAGAUGCCUUCAACCAGAAGUUCGGCAAGGAUGCGCGCCUAGUCAAUGGCUUCGACAAUUUGAGCGCCAUGGAAAUCGACCCCAACGGUAGUAUACAGGAUCUUCUCGCUGCUGGUGGCGAGGAGGGUCAGGAUCCUAUGGCUGGACUUGGUGGAAUGGGCAACAUGAUGCAAGAUCUGGCCUUCAGCAUUCCCGGUGUCGAUGAGGCCAUGUCAUUCGCCGAAGUCCUCAAGCAGGUCAAGUCCAUGUCCUACGAGACCAUCAUAUUCGACACCGCGCCUACUGGUCACACACUGCGCUUUCUGCAAUUUCCCACUGUCAUGGAGAAGGCUCUGAGUAAGGUUUCGCAGCUGUCGCGUCAGUUUGGACCUAUGUUGAACGGUUUCCUGGGUGGCGGUGGACGCCUGCCAAAUGGUCAGAGCAUGGAUGAGCUUGUCGAGAAGAUGGACGCGCUACAGAAGACCAUUGCUGAGGUCAACGGUCAAUUCAAGGACGCAGAUCUCACAACCUUUGUGUGCGUCUGUAUCCCAGAGUUCCUGUCGCUGUACGAGACCGAGCGCAUGAUCCAGGAACUUAACAGCUACGAGAUUGACACUCACUCGAUUGUGGUCAACCAAUUGCUGUUCCCCAAGCAGGAUAACCCGUGCGAACAGUGCAAUUCACGCAGAAAGAUGCAGAAGAAGUACCUCGAUCAGAUCGAGGAGCUCUACGAUGAGUUCAAUGUCGUCAAGAUGCCACUUCUUGUCGAGGAAGUCCGUGGCAAGGAGAAAUUGGAAAGCUUCUCUAAUAUGCUCGUCGAGCCUUUUGUGCCUCCUCAGUAA